AUGGAAUCAGCCCCUAGAUUAAGAAAGCGUAAAGCUGUGGAAUAUACUGAAGACGAUGAAAAUGAGAGUGUUGAUGAAGGAACUCCUAAGAAAAAAAUUAAAACUGUUGCAAAGGCAUCAAAAGUUAAGGAAAACAUUGAAAAAGUUAAAAAAUGUUCUAAACCUAAAGCAAGUACAAGUUCUAAAGGUAUCAAAAAGACGGAAGCGAAAGAAACCAAAACAUCUCGGAGUAAACCAAUCAAAACAACUGUUGAGAAUAAUGUAGACAUUGAUUUUAAUGAUAACACUGAACAACUUCACAACCUCUGGGAUGAAGCUGAAUUGCUAUCACAAAUCGAGAAAAUCCCUCUUCAAGUCGCAAAAAAUUUAAUUGGUCUUCUUACAGAAGGCUGUACUUUACCAUUUAUUGCCAGAUACAGAAAGACUGCAGUGGAUAAUUUAAUGCCUGACCGCCUGCAAGAAUUACAUGAAAGUUAUGAAAACAUAACACAUCUAAAGAAGAAAGUGAAGUCUGUUAUUGAGACUCUGAAGAAAACGAAUAAGUUGACACCUGACAUAGAAAAAGGGAUAUUGAAUGCCCGUAACUUAUCUGAACUUGAUUUAAUUUAUGCCCCACUAAAAUCACAUUCACUGUCCCUUGCUGAAAGGGCCCGCAACCUUGGGUUAGAGCCACAUGCAGUAAGAGCAUUGAAUGGAGAGUAUAUUGACAUGAAUACAUUGUGUAACAAUAGUGAUGAGCUGGCAACAAUUGACAAAGUAGAAUCUCAUAUAACUCACAUUGUAGCUGACAUUAUUUACAAAGAUACCAGGGUAUUAGAACAUAUGAGGAGCCUCAAAGAAGAAACAAGAUUUACAAUAACGAGUAAUAGAACUAAAAGUUCAACAAAGGACAAAGUAGAUGAUAAGAAGAAAUUAGACAACAAGUCAGAUCCUGAGACCUACAAACUGUACUUUGACUGGAAGUGUCCCAGUCACUUUGUGAAACCACAUCAAACAUUAGCAUUAAACAGAGGAGAAGAUGAGAAAAUACUAUCAGUAAAAGUUAUUGUUCCUGAUUGGUUUUAUAAUAGACUUGAAAGAUUUUGUUUGACAUUAUGGAAAAGUAAUUUCUGGGUGCGCAAAGGUCUUGGUGAUGCUUACAACCGUCUUAUUAAGCCGUGGUUGUCGCGGCACGUCCGGUCCGACCUUACUGCUUCUGCGCAGAAAGAAGCAGUUAAAACAUUUACUACUAAUCUAGAGAAGUAUCUCCUUACUGAGCCAAUCAAGAAUAGAAUUAUUAUGGGCUUAGAUCCUGGUUUUAGGGCGGGUUGUAAGGUUGGUAUAAUAAAUGCUAAUGGGGAGAAACUGGAUGCUUGCACUGUGUAUCCAGAUUUGAGGCAGCAAAAGUCAUUUGAUCCCGCAGCCAAACAGAUAAGAGACAUGAUUAGUCAACAUGGUGUAGAAUUAAUUGGUCUAGGUAAUGGUACUGCCUGUCGUGAAACAGAAUUAUGGUUGAAAAGUAAUAAUAUAUGUGAUAAAGUGCCUAUUAUCAUUGUUCCCGAACAAGGGGCCUCUAUUUACUCUGUAAGCAAAGAAGCUCAGAAGGAACACCCAAAUAUGGAUCCAAAUUUAAUAUCUGCCUUGUCGAUAGCUAGAAGAGUUUUAGACCCCUUAGGAGAACUUAUAAAAGUAGAACCGAAAAAUCUAGGCGUUGGAAUGUAUCAGCAUGAUAUUCCCCCAAAAAUGUUGGAGACUGCCUUAGAUAGUGCUGUCGAGAAGGUAGUCAGUUUAGUUGGUGUCGACAUCAAUACUGCAUCGCAAGCCAUGCUAAGGCGAAUAUCAGGCUUGAAUGAAGGAAGAGCUAAAAAAAUAAUCGAAUAUCGCCAAGAGCAUAAUGGUUUUGAAUCGAGGGCGGAGAUUCUUAAGGUUACAGGCAUUGGAAAGAUUACGUUCCAGCAAUGUGCUGGCUUUUUGACCGUGCUUGGUAGUUCGGAGCCAUUGGAUACAACUAUCAUACAUCCAGAGAGUUAUAAAAUAGCAAAAUCAUUCGCCAAAAAGAUCGGAGUCAAUAUAAAAGACCUAACAAAACCGCACUUCCCACAAAUGGUAGAAACAAAAAUAUUGGCUAUAAAUGUAAGUGAAACUAGUGCGGAAUUGAACACUGAUGUUUGUACGCUGGAACUAAUAAUCAGUGCAUUCAAACAAAAGAAAUAUGAAGACAAUGUGAUAACAUUUUGCAAACCCGUUUAUUCUGUUGCUGUGCAAAAUGUGGACCAAUUAAAGGAGGGCACUAGUUUGACAGGUGUCGUCCGUAAUGUGGUGCCAUUUGGCUGUUUUGUCGACUGCGGCGUAGGAGACAAUGGUCUUAUCCACCGAAGCAAUUUGGGUGGCCAUCAGACACCUAAACUUGGAGACAGGGUAGCGGUUACAGUGAUAGCAUCACCGAAACCGAAGAAAAUACAACUAAGGUUAGACAAGAUUCUAGACUGAUACCAGUAUGUAUCUUUAACUUAUUAAUGUUGUUGAUUUAAUAAAUCAGUUUUUAAAAAUAACGGUUUAUUUAAUUUAAGUAAUAAGCAAAGUAUCUUUAAUCAUUCCGCUUCCAUGAUGGGGGACUGCUUAGCGUUGAGUCCGAAAUUGUGGAACACUGCCUUAUUGACAAUCGCAUCGCAUAUCCCAGACGUGACCCU